CAAAAACAGGAAAGAAAGAAAGAAAACGAAACCCUACCAUGGAUGAGCUGAUAAAACAACUAUUAGGUGAACAUGGAACAAUAUGGUACGAAACAACCCCUGUUCUUCAACCUGUUAGACCAAGCGCUUUUCAGCCAUAUCCAAGAACACCCAGAACCGAACCAUGGUUGGAAGCCGCUGGAUGUAACAAUGGAGUGAGAUCAGGGAACGUAAACAAGAGAAUGAUCGAGUUCUUGAGGAAAACAAAUUGGGUUUCAGUCAUAUCCAAAGACAAACAAAAACAGAGGUGUCUUAAGCACACGAUGAAUGAGAGAACAAGAAGAGAAAAGCAGAAAAAAUGCUACUUCGCCUUGUAUUCAAUGCUUCCUCUUGGAACAAAGAACGAUAAGAACUCGAUAGUUCAAACGGCAACCAUGAGAGUUCGAGAGCUGGAAAUGGAGAGGGAGGAAUUGCAGAGGAGGAACAGCGAAUUGCUUGUAAAUUUGGGUGGCAAUGCCAAUAAUGAAGGAGCCAAGAUUAGAGCAAGGAUAGAUGAUCCAAGUUAUGGGAUUGAUUACAUGUUGGAGGUUUUGAAGUGCUUGAAGACAUUGGAUUCGAAACCCAGAAUGAUCCGAACAACGGUUUACAAUCAAGAACUGGUUUUGGAUCUUGCAACUAAGAUGAAAGCUGCCGAUGUAGAAAAUGCUAUAAACAGAACAUUGCAAGAAGUGGAGAGGAAGCUUGAGGAACGUAGGACCAGAUGAUUUGAUGUCAAAUCAGAGACAAGAUUCAAUAUUUCUAAUCUUACACCACUGGAUAACCAAAAGAUUAGAUCCUGAACAUGAUUUUGUUCUGAUAAUUAUAUUCCGCUUAUAGUGAUGACAAUAAGAUGAGUUUUGCCCUAAUGAACUGUUGCAUAUUUACCAAUAAAAUUUUGGACAUUCAUUUCCCAUUUUCAUCAUCAUUUAAAACCCUAAAUUUGUGUAAUUGAAGAUUUAAUAUCUUUUACUAGUCCAACUAUGGUUCAAUCGACAAAAUAAACAAACUUCAUCUUCAUCACAAAAUCUAAAGACAUCUCCAGCUACCACAACAAAUAGAUGAAACAAAGCAAACAUUGUCAAGUCUCAUUAUCUAAAGGAGCAACCAAAAGGAUGUGAAUUUUUCAUUACUAAGAGUGCAACAAACAAAAUUUAUCUCUCAAAUAGUAAACCCCAAAUUGAGGCUCCAAGCAGCAUGAAAGGGCUUCACUUCAGAGGGAUGAACCU